AUGGGUCGACCACAACUCCUCUCUCCCCGCCAACCAGAUAGUCCUUCGCGGCAGCUCAUCCUAGAGCUAGCCAAGGACCUCGAGCAAGUUCGUCUGCACAACAAUGAACUCAAAAAGGUUCGAGCGUACGAACGGAAAUCCUUCUAUGAAAAGCUAGAGCGUCUCGAUAAAGAGAAGGAAGAGGUACACAAUGCCGCACUGACUGCUGCCGCUGCCAAGCGUGAUGCGCUGAGACUGGAGGCUGAGGAGAUUUUGCAACUUCAUUUGGAGGAGGAGCAGAAGAGGAAGGAGGAGGUGGAGAAGCUGUGGAGGGAGAGUGUGGAGAAGGAAAGGCGAGAGCGGGAAGAGGCUGCGAGGUUGGAGGCUGUGAAGAGAGCGCAGGAGGAGGAGAGGAGAAAGAAGUUUGAGGAGGCAGAAAAGGCGAAGAAGGCGCAGGAGGAAGAGAAUGCAUUGCGGGAUAAAGUUGUGCACGAGCAAAAGAAAAAGGAGGCAGAGGAAGAGCGUCGGAGGAAGGAGCAGGGAAGUGCUGCUAAGCUCCGAGCGGUGGAGGAUAAGAAGGACAAGGAUAAACUGCAACAGUCAGGGCAAACUGAGACGACCGUCAAGGUCCUGGGAGCUUCGCGUCGUACCCCACAGCAAAUCGCGGAGCAUCAACGAUAUCUCGAGCUCCAUCAGCAUCUCAAGAAGUUUAGAAAGUACAUGAUUGCUGAGACAAAGACGAAUCCGGUCCUGAAACAGCAUAUGGGCGACAUGCGCCGCACUAUAAAGAAAUGCGUUGGCCAGCUUGUUACUGAUGAUAAAAUUGCAAACCGCACCCCUACCAACGAAAUAUCAACCAUCCUCAAAAUGUCCCUAACCAUCCCCUCCCCUCCGGUCGACGCCCACCAAUUCCUCGCCUUCCCACCCACCAACCUACCAACCCUCCCCGAAUCUGAAACCAAACUCCCCGCCCUCCUAAUCUACCUCCUAAACAUCUUCUCAAAAGCCAUAGUCGCCCAACUCAUCGCUGAAGCUGGCAUAACGCCUAAAUAUGCAGAGCCCCUAGGCGUUCUGACGGCCCAAAUCUUCUCCAUGGACCCUUUCUCCUUCAAGGGCAUCUCAAUGAUCGACAUCCUGCUCGCCAAGUACCAUGCUGUCUGCCCCGUGCUGUGGGGAUUUUACGGCAACGAGGCCACGGACGCGGGCAAGGUGGCUGUCGGCUGGUGGCGCGAGGAGCCUAGUGGUAAUGGCACCGGAGGUGGUGCAGGGAAAUUUGUGGCCCCGCAAACACACGAGGAGCGCAUGAUUGGCCUUGGCGCUGGCUUUGCAGCGAUAUCGCUUCGCAACUUCUCAAAGACAACAAGAAAAAAUCCGGUGCCCAAUACGUGCUUUUGGCGCGUGUGCGCGAAUAUUCUUAAUGUUCCUGCUAGUGAGGUGCAGGAUACGCAUUUGCUUGUGCUGGGUGCGUUGCUGAGGUAUUCUGCGGUGAGGGUUGUGGGGUUUUGGGGGGAUGUAGGCCUUGCCUUGUUGAGGAAGGCUGUUGUGGAGUUUCCGGCUCGAUUGGGGGGGAGGAGGGGUCCAGCGAGGGCUGGGGUUGAGAUUUUGAGGGAUAUUUUUGUCAGGGAGAGAUUUAUUUUGCUUUAA